AUGGCGUGCCUAAUCGUCACGCUCGUCAACAUGAAGACUUGGAACUCCGCCGACAGGAAGGAGAAGCUCGACUCCAAGGAUCCGACGGCGUACGACACCGGCGCGGCUGCGGCCGGCUCUGGUGGCGGCGCCAUGUUGUGGGACCGCACGCUGAGCGAGCUCAAGCUCGAAUACAUGGACCUAGACGAAUUCCUGAGCGAGAACGGCGUGGCCGGCAAGGGCAACGCCGCGCUGUCACCGCGCCACAACCCAUUCCGGCAUUCGGCGGGCUCUCUGGUGGACCCAAAUCGUCUCGCCCAGGAUCCCGGAGGCCUGCAACAGCAGCCCGACGAGCCGGCCCUUGCGGGACCACCGCCACUACCCAAUGGAGAGCCUCCAGGGUGCCCGCAGCAGAGGCUGGCCCACAACGCCUGUAAGUGCACUUCUUGCGCAGUUUUUCGUGCACUGCUGUCCUUGUUCUGCUCAUCCCCCUUUUUAAAGGUUCCGUCGCUUGCGAUUCAUUCGGUUUCCAUGUAUUGGCUGCCACUGUCAUUACGGGCCGCAAUGCUAGCUGUCCUUUGGCCUUUCCUCGUCAUCGUCGUGACCAUUCUUUUUCCCGGCCUCGACGCAGCGGAAGGCGCCUGCUACUCCAUGCAGUCGCUGGCCGAGCACUUCCGAGGCGACGAGGCGACCGCCAGGAGGCCCGCUCGCGACACCAUGGCGACUGGGCGGCGGUCGGGCUCGCCCACCGCCACCGUGGUGCCGAUCGACUGCGCCUUCACCAAGACCGACCUGGCGCUGGCCAACCUGCCUGGCCACGACGAUUUCGACCCGAGCCACCACCCGUUCUCCGAGGACGAGCUCAAGCCUCAGCCAAUCGUCAAGAAGUCACGCAAGCAGUUCGUACCCAAUGAGCUGAAGGACGACAAGUACUGGGCGCGUCGCCAGAAGAACAACAUCGCGGCCAAGCGGUCUCGCGAGGUUCGCCGCGUCAAGGAGAACCAGAUCGUGCUGAGGGCCUCGUACCUCGAGAAGGAGAACAUCGCGCUGCGCGAGGAGGUGCACAAGCUGCAGCAGGAGAACGACAUGCUCAGGAAGCGCCUGCACGAGUACGAGCCCUGACUUCCGGCGCUGCCGGCCGCUCGGAGCCAACAGACGCUGCCGUGGGCUCAGCGCGGCGACGUCACCGCGGCUGCAUGGGUCCAUUGGCAGCAGCAGCCUGCAGCGCUGCUGCCUGCCUACGGAUCUCGGCUGUCACCCGUGGCACUUUCGGGGGGCCGAUGCGCCCCCGGCUGCGCCUGAAGUGAUCGCGCUUCGCCCUGCAGACCACGGAAGCUAAUUGCAGUGCGUUUAUCUAAUGAACAGCAGCGCGUGCGUUCGAGCUUUACAUGUCGAACCGAAUGUUCCCAGAGCACGCACAGCGGAAUGCCAGCGCUGCCUCAAAACUUGCAUUGAACAAAUGAAAGGUACUUACAGGCAACCCAGUCGGUUUAUAGCCGCGUUUUACAACCGCGUAUCAAUCGUCGAGGUGACAUUGCCGUGCUCACGUUGUUGCAGCGUAGGUGUUCAACGUGCUCCAUUCAUGUCGUUUGCACCGUAGUUUCUGUAACGGACGACUACAUGAAAGGAAAGGUACACGCGAAUUAUUUAACAAACGCUUCGGGCGUCACAGGUGAAGCGCCCCCAACAGGUGCACGGUAGAGUCUUCUGUGGCGGCAACGACGGCGAAAUGUAAGUAGGCAGAUAGCAAUCUUGAGGAAAUUAUUUGUGGGUGCUGCAUGCAACCGUCUCCGCUCUCCACCUCGUCCCUAAUUUUGCUUAUGCCUUUAUACUGAUACUGUGAGUAAGCGUACAUAAACCCAACCUAGUCUCGCUUGUGGCGCGCGAAAAAAUCUUCCACGAGUAGUUUCUACCGACGCCUUCCCGCAUUCUGGCUUCCUCCCUUUUUGCAUUAUUGGAUCAGUAUUAAACAUCCUGGGGUUUUAGGUACGAAAACCAUGACGUGAUUAAGAGGCACACCGUAGUGGGGGGAUACCGAUUCAUUUUGACCACCUGAGGUUCUUUAACGUGCACCUAAGCGUUUUUGCAUUUCGUGCCCAUCCCAAUGUGGCCGCCGCGGCCCGGAUCGAACUCGCGACCUCGAGCUUAGCAGCGAAACGCCGUAGCUAUACCAAGCUACCUUGGCGGGUUGACCGACAUUUGUUCCGAAGUUCUCCCAGCGGUAAUGACCAUGACAGUAACAGUCUUCGGACACGAUAUGCCUCAGAGGUUUACAAAAACACUUGUGUAAGUACACCUAGCUUUCAAUGGACGUUGAAAAACCUAAGGUGCUCAAAAUUGAUCCGAAGGCUUUUACCAUACGGCGUCUCCCGUAGCCUCUGUGUUCCAUGGAACGUCAAAGCCAGUCAGUCAAACAACGCCGCGAUAUCUACCGCAGUAUACCACAGUAUAUAAUUUCUAAGUUUUAAAGGAUUUUUUUUAAUCGCCUCUGGCAGAUAGCUUAAUUCUAGUCCUUGAGCUUGGUUAUUCAAAGAGGCGAACAUUACUUGCAUGAGAAAUCGUAUACAUGAGCAAUUAUAGACAAAAUAUCACUAAUUAGCUUCUUAAUUACUUUACGGCACAUAUUGCAUUUUACGCAUUAUAGCCGCUGAGCUCGCACGGCAUAUCCACUUACAGGACGUUUUGAGGAUGGCAAGGGUUUCGAGAUAUGCGCCAUCAAACUAGCGGUGAGAAUGCACAGUUGUUGCACACAUUUUUUCAAGAAAACACUCUUCUAUGUAUCGAUGCACAAAAGUAACUUAAACGCUCAUGCAUUUCAUUUCACACGUUGGCAACGAAUAUCUCGAAACUCGCGUCAUCCUGAAAAUUAAUUGCAAGCGAAUAUGUCUUGCAAACUCUACGGCAACAAUUCGUAAAUUGCAAUAUGUGCCGCAACGUUAUUAAUUAGAUGUUCAUUAGUGCACCGAAUAUGUGCUUCGAUUUCUCGUGGAAGUAAUGUCCGCCUCUUUGAAUAAUCCAGCUCAAGGACUAGCUUUAUGCUAUUUGCCACAGGCGAUAUUUUUAAAAUUCUGUAAAGUUUAAACAAGAUCACCUCGUAUAGCAGAAUUGUUCCUAUGCUUGCGCGUUCAGCCCAUCCUGAAAGUCAUGUAACCGCACUAUAACAAUAAUCACGCGUGCUACGUAACCCACAAAUCUGAUAAUCUCGUACCGUCUCACAUAAAUUUGCAUAUGGUGUUACAUGAUCACACGAGAUUAUUGAAUUCUUAGGCAAAGAGAACACAGGAAGGCAAGAAAAAAACGGUGUCAGGCAGCUUGAACCAAAUGAAGGUGCAGUGGUUUAUUGAAUUACGACCUUCGCGGUGUUUUAGGACAGGCGCAGAAAAAAAAAGAAAUGACUUACUGAUAGCGGUUUAUGACGGAACAAUGUAUAUAUACUCAAAGGAAUCACCGUAGUUCUGUCUCCGCUGUAUAUAUGUACUACAACGUUGGAACUUGAAACUGCAACAACACAAUCACGCUUCGCUUCAUCUUCGUUACAACGAUGUUUUAUUGUAGAUUAGCAGUGGGUGUUACCAUCUGCAGCGUUUCUCUCUUUCUCCCAUCACCGUCAUCGGUAAAUAUGUACGGGAGCCACAACCAUCAACACUGAAAUAGUGCCAACGUAAGAUCUGCGCCAACACGCGUUUUCUUCGACCAAGACAACCGGCGAACACCUCAUUCCCAUCUAACGCAAUCCAAUGCGGUAUCGCACACAAUCAUGAUAUGUAGUACGUGGAAUUUGACGUGUGCAGUACUGUUACGUAGAGAAAUGCUGUGCCAAAGCGUCGAUGUGAUUUAUAUAGAGCGAGAAACUUGGCGGUAUAAAGAAAAAAAUACAUUAAUAGAAAAGGACGACGCGGCAAGGGAGGAGGAGGAGGAGGGGGAUUUUCUUUUGCGGACAAUGUAUCACUUAAAACAGACAUAGGGGCCAGUUGCACGAAAAAUCUUAUACCUGUGCAAAUCAACCCGUUAUUAAAGAGCUCCGCGCAAGGGACGUAAUUAGGCACAAAGUAAGCUAUAUCCCAAGGGACAACGCAGCUACUCAUUCUCGAAACUUUCUUCUUCUUUUCUUUUCUUUUUUUUUUUUUUUGCUUUAGUGACUUGCCAACGUUCGGCAACUUAUUGUUACGUGUGCAGAGCAUUUUAGCAGUGAAUUAAUUUAUACACGAAAUAAUGGCUUCGUGCACUAAGCGGCUCCCUAACCAUUUAGCAGCAGAAUGGAAUCAUCCGGCGAUUCCCAGGUAGUCAACCCUCCCUCCCCCCUUCACCUUCACCUACCUACCCGAUAUUGAUCAAGCCAAAAGCUGCUUAAAGGGCCACUCGACAACAUUAAAGCAGUUUAAAAUGGCAAAUUUUCCUGUCGAGGCUAAAUCGUCAUUCUUUUGGCGGAAAAAUUUUGAUUAUCCAUGCAGGAAACGAAAGCCAACUAUAGCCUCUUUUUUUUUCUGUUUCUGCGUCAGUUUCUGCGUGAGUUCGUCAUGACGUCAGUAACGUGUCACGGAUUUCAAAGUGUUUUCUCGCAUACGGCAAGUUUUAGUGGAGGAAAGGUUCUCGAAACUUUUUGGGUGGAGCCUGGUUCCUCUAGAAUGCAAACUAAUCCUUGUUAAUCGAUAGUCUCGAGUUCGAGCUGUUAAAAUAUGUGAAGUCAUGACGAGCUGGUUUGGGAACUUCCGGGUGAAUUCUCCACCUCCGUCCUUCAAAUGCAAGCUUUCUUGUUUAUCAAGCCACCUCUCGUGGCAAAAGAGACCGCUCAUAUGUGCUGCAGAAACUCAACACUCUGCCGUCCUGCUGGCUUAGCGCGGCACCAAAGAUUGUCUUUCAUUUUUAAAAGAAGGGCAGUAGAUAAAAAUAUGUACUACGGUCUCGUCGCAAUCACAAUAUACUCUUAGCCACAAGUGACAAAGCUGCGUCGCAUCGAUGUAGGCGGUAUUCGAAGGCGCAGUGAAAGGUCAGUGGAGUGCGGUCGUGAGUUCGCACGUUCCGCUGAAUUUCGACGUCCCAAUGUAUUGCGACGAACAAGUAGGCGAAAUUUCCGCCCUGCAUCAGGCCUUGACAACGGCACCUGCUCGGCUUGGUGGCUUCAGCGCACGCUGCUUCGUCGGCACUAUCGUUGCCGAUUAUGUCGCACUGGCCUGAUAGCCAAUGAAAUUUGAAUCUGUGUCCAUUAUCAACAGCGCGGUGGUAAGAUUAUCUGAUUUGGGAUAAAAUAACCAACAUUUUUCCAAAAAAUAAAUGGAAGUGGUGUCUCGCAAAAACGCUUCACCAACCUGAACUCGCUUAGUGUUUUGAGUUAGUUGUCCUUUUUAUGUUGAAUUCACGCGUUGGAACGAGCACCGAUUCAUUCCGCGGGUUCAGUCACGUCAAACCCUGUCAGCAGAAUGAAUCAGCAUUUCCUGCAAAAGAAUCGAGAGCUCGGCAAGUUGUAUCAUGAACAGCUUUUCCUGCUCGUCGUGUGAAUCUACCUUAGGCUUUGGUGAUGAGGGUAGAACCGGCGCGUUCAGCACUUGACGUGGUCAAUGAACAAAUGAGGGUUGGGAAGCUUUUAGCCCUCCUUGGCACGAGCACAAAUGUAGCGUGAUCGGCCUGGGGGGAACGUUGAAAUACAUAAGUAUUUGUACCCUCAGUGUUACAUGUUCUCUACGGAGAAGUCCUGCACAAUUUCGAUAGGUGCAAUAUGCCACUCCUCAUGCAGUACUAUUGCGGGGUUCUGUAAAGCGUAACAUCCAACUACUACUAGGCCCCAUUAAUGCCUUAGCAAGCAUCUACAGUGCACCAUAUUGCCUAACUGAAGGUGAACAAUCUUGGUAACGUUGAGUGCAAGCCAGGGCUAUUGACCGUUACCGUGGCAAGCGCACGCGCCGCUGACCAGUUUGCCCUCUCAUACCAAGUAAUCCAGUGCUUUUAGCUACCACCAUGUAUCCACGCGGAGCGCUCCGUACGUGCUGUUGGUGAUAUCACGAUCCCUCUGUUGUCAUCACGUUGAUGACAUCACGAUCUGUCCAUAAAAUGAAUCAGGCGAUUCCGUACACAGGGUGAUAAUUCUUAAAUGUUACGGAAUUUUUGAAAAUCGCCUGUUGCAUAUGACAUAAUUUCACUCCAUGAGAUGGAUGGAGAAUUCAUAGAGACUGGUAUUACUUGCAUUAGAAAUAACAACACGUAUUCAACUAAUUAACAGAAGUUCACUAAUUAAUUUCGUCAGUAAUUACUUUAUGCCACAUAUGCAAUUUACGUAUUGUAGCCGGCUAGAUUGCAAGGCGCAUCUACUUGGAAUGAAUUUCCAGAAUGAUACCAAUUUGGAGAUAUGCGCCAUCAAACUCGCCUUAAAAUUACACUGUUGUUCCAGUUACUUAUUUAACAAAAUGCUCUUUUUUGCACUGAAGCAAAAAAGUAACUGGAAUGCCCGUGUGUAUCGUUCCACACUUUGGGAAAUAAUACCUCGACACUGACGCAAUCCUGGAAAUUCAUUUCAAGUAAGUACGUCUUGCAAGCUCAUCGGCUACAAUUCAUAAAGUGCAGUGUGUGCCGUAACGUAAUUAAGAAGUUACUUACUGAAUUUUCGUUAAUUAGUUGACUCUGUGUUCAGGUUUCUUGUGCUAGUAAUGUCCGCCUCUUUGAAUAAUACAGCCCAAGGACUAGAAUUAUGCUAUUUGCCACAGGCGAUAUUGAUUUCCAUAAAACUUGAAAAUUAUCCCCCCGUAUAGUGUGAAUAAAGCCUAGCGCCAGCGUCGUUUAUGCGUAGGUUUGUUGCAAUUGAAUGCUGGUCUCACAUUAUCAAGUCAACAUUAUUCCACACAUGAAGACGCAUUGUACCAGUGUACCAUGUGGACUUGUGAAUACUUGUGCAAAAGUGAAAAAGGCAUUACGCGAGGUGUAGCGCCAUCUGGGCACACAAUACGUCGGAUUGUCCAGACUUUCUUUUCUUGCGAGGCCAGGGGAUACAAUGAAACAUUAUCUGCAGUAUGCUGCACCUCACGUAAUGCAAUAUCAACCAGCCCAACAGCCUGUUCUCUCGCAGUAUGGGCUGAGGUGCAAGAAAGGCAAACGCACCUCCAUUCUUCCUCGAGACAGUCUUAUCUGCCCACCUAAUUUCUUGCCAGCCAAAGAAAAAUAAAUGGAUCAUCACGCGUGAAGUGACCCAGGGUGGUGUUCUCACCUUCGGGCAAACUUACGCCUUCGCGAGAUUUCGCGUGACCGUAGCACCGUACAAGGCGGCGUCAACGGACAAGGGCUUUUUUCCUGGCACAGUGAUAAGACAGUGUGCUUGGCACUCUGCGAGGAAUCCUGCCACCCGUAGACGCCCAUGCGUUCCGUGCUAUUCGCGGGAAAUCUCGCGAAAGUGAAAGUAUCCCUGAAUGUGGUCGUUCAGUAGUACGGCCCCAGUUCUUACAGAAACAUCGUAGUUGUGCCGAACGCACAGAAAACGUCGCCUACCUCAUGAGCACCGCAGCUGAAGUGCAUGGACGCCUUCCCCCUUGCCGUUAUCAAGAAGUUUACCGGCUCCCCCAGAUUACUUGUUAUGCUGUCUAAGUGCGUGUCAAUUCGGUGUCUUGUAAAUUGAAGCGAAACUUACUGUGCCUAUCGUGUAUAGUACGUGCACCGGUAAGGGUAUGUGUUCUUAUAAAAAGGUAUUACAUACCGGAAUGCCUCCUUUGUCAUAUGAUGCAACUGUGUUACCGCGGACGCUUGUUUGCUGUCCGGAUUCGCCGAUUGUUCUAUUAAACUGUA